GCAGAAGACUUGAAAACAGUGUGAUCAUUAACUAGAAAUACAGAAUACAAUCGUGCGUACACUAAGGAACGCUGGAAGGUAGGUGGGUAGGAUUACGUGACAUGGUCCAUCAGCGACGCCGAGCAGUAUUGUUCACGAUGAAUCUGUUGUCAUGCCUUCUUCCGGAAAAGAGAUGCUCCUCGAAAAGGGAAACGGGACGUAACACACUGGGCGUCAAGCCAAGGCAAGUGAGGCAGACGUUCAUGGGUAUUCGAGUAAGAGUAUUGAAAGACGAUGCAUGCCAAAAAGCAUCGUCAAGAACCAGCGAUGUUCUCUAGCGCGGCCCAUUCCGUCCAUCGAGUAGGGGUAAGAAGCAUCAGCACCAUCCUCAACACUUCCUAGAAAUUCCAUCUCAUCCUGGCGCCAUGGAAUUAUACGUCGCCGACGAAAAUAAUGACUUUGAUCGGAUGGGGUCGUAGGCGACGGGGACGACGUACUUGCAGCUGUCUGUAGUGGAUUCCUCCGCCAUCCCAGCUGGCAUCGAUGUCAUUACUAGGCGCUAGGAGCCUGAUGCGUCGCAUCUGAGUCCAUGGUGGAUGUUCGUCCGAAGAUAUAUACAGAAACGAGAGAAACACGUUAAGUAUGCGAGAUGGGCCCGUGAAGUGAGAGCAUAGUGAAGGUAAG